CUAUACAUAGGGAACAAAAGAGGGGGCGACAAAAUCGCCCACCUGCCCCACCUCUCCAAUGCCUACCGCCGCCGACUCGCCCUCCUCCUCCUCCUCCUCCUCCAAUGCCUCAUCCAUCUUCGUCGCCGGAUCCGAUCCUGACGAGAAGCACAUCGUCGGCGCCUCAGGGGCGAGCGUGGCUCACUCAUGGCUCGCUCCCGGAUCCUCGACCUUACAUCCCUCCUCUCCUCGCCGAGCCGAGCCUCAUCUCGCCUCCCUCGCUGACUCUCACCGCCCCUCUCGCUCCCUUAUUGAAUCACCAGCCGAUGCCGGCGCCAUUUCCUCAGGCCCUUGCCUCUCCAUCCUCCGGAUCCAGUGACAACCCUCUCUGCAACUGGCCUACGACACAUUCCAAUCCUCUAACCCCCGACCUCUGCCUAUCGCCCUUUCUCUCGUCCCGCGUCAUCUCCUCCUCCUUCGCCACCGGCGCAGCCAACUCUCCCUCCCUCUCCGGGUUUAGGGCCGUACUCCUCGCCCUCUUUGCCGCCGAGGUCAGAACCCGCGUAGGGAGGUCCGUUCUCCUGCCACAGGCCAUCUUGUCUUCCCGUUGCUGGAUUCAACUGGAUAACAGUACAAGGAAAUCUGCCAAAACUGUAUCUGUUUCAGCAUUGGUUGUGUAAUUUCUUUUGUUGCUGUUUUCGUAGCUUUCAAAUGAUACUGUCAAUGUGGAACUCACAAAUUCAACUAAAUCAACCUCAUUUAAAUGAGGAGGUAAUGAAGUAAACCUUUAUAAAUUGGGGAUGAAACCUCUACAUCUCCUAUCGGUAUAAAUCUAACUCAGUUGGCGGAUUAUUCUUCCUCCUCCCUGCGACACGGAAGGCGGUUGCAGUGGCGUCGGCUCCUCCCCUCCCCUCCACUUGUUUCUUUAAAGCGACUCGGGUCUCGACGCAGUCCCACUCCAAUUCCCGUGGCCUGCUCUUGCCUUCUCGCCGGCCCUCCUCCUUUCUCCAUUCAAUCCUCCACGGAAUAUACGGUGCCUCCGGCUGCAUUAGCACCGCCGCGGCCCUCCAUUUUCCCAACUACUCGCGCUCUUCUAAGUGGUUACUCUGUAAAGGGCCCGCCUUCCUCCCUCGGUUUUGGGUUGGUUCGGUAACCUUUCCUGCGAUGAAGAAGGUCACGAUCAACCAGCAAGAUAUCUUUAUUCUCUCGGAAAGCUACAGCCCAAUAACGGUUCUUACUCUAUUACAAGAGGUUUCUGCGGCUGUUGAUGUUAAGAUAGACUGGAAUGCGCUUGUCAAGAAAACUGCAACUGAAAUUACGAAUGCCCGAGAGUACCAAAUGCUGUGGAGGCAUUUGGCCUACCGUCACCCAUUGCUUGAUAAGAUAGAAGAAGGAGCUGAACCUUUGGAUGAUGACAGUGAUCUCGAGAUAGAAUUAGAAAUUGCACCUCCUAACAUAGAAGAAACCUUAUGUCAGGCGAAAGAGUACGCCCAGCUUUUGUUAGGCAUAACGAAGAAGACAGAUCUAAAAGCUCCUUUGGCUGAAAAAGGAGUUGACAAGGAGAUGCUAGACGCCGCUCCAGAUAAACAACCCCCUCAAACUAGCCAUGCUGUUGCUUCUAGCAGUCUCCAGAAGAAGCUGAUCCAGCCAACAGGAGCACCUAUUGUCGGCGGCAUUGAACCAGGAUUGGAUGAGGCAACAGAGGGUGUGGUUGGGGAUGUGCAGGGCCUGCUCGGCAAGAAGCGGCAUCUUGGUGAUGGGGCAGAUGAGACUCCGGUUGACUAAAAGCCACCUCUUGAUGCUGGUGAUUUGAAGCGAUAUGGGGCAAAUGAAGUGGUGGGGGACUUCUUGAUCCCUUAACGAUGUCUACCUGUCUAUGCAGUUUCAUCAUGGUUAUGUUCCCAUUUAACAUUGGUUGUGUGUUUUCUUUUGUUGCUGUUUUCUAGCCUUCAAAUGAUACUGUCAAUGUGUAACUCACAAAUUCAACUAUUCAAUCUUUUAAAUGAGAUAAUGAAGUAAACUUCUAUCA